AUGGGAGACAACAGUUCACAGGAAGUAGGACCUUCGGUAUUAGAAGGGAUAAGUCAAGAAGAGCUUACAAGAGUUGAUACAGCAUACGAGUUUCAGCAGAGAGGGGCAGAGAGUCUUAUGCCACUGAUGGAGGAAGAGCUGAAAGGGCUAGAAAAGUAUGAACGAGCAAAGCCAGAAGAUCUAAGGAAGUUUUCAAAGAUAUUUGCUAGGUAUUUAAAGACCAGAUCAGACACAAUUGAUUGGUCACAAAUAUCACCUCCCCCUGCAGAAAUGAUGGUAAACUAUGAAGACAUUCAAUCACAGGAGAAUGGCAACAUCACAGAGAUUCUUAAUAAACUUGCUGUUCUAAAGCUAAAUGGUGGGCUUGGCACAUCAAUGGGGUGCACUGGGCCUAAGAGUGCAAUAGAAGUAAAGAACUACUUGAACUUUAUCGAUCUAACAGUUAGGCAGCUAGAGCAUUUCAACACUAAAUACAACACAAGUGUUCCGCUUGUUCUGAUGAACAGCUAUAACACGCAUACACAGACGGGAAAGCUAACCAGUAAAUACAAAGGAGUGUGGUCUUUUGAGCAGAGCGCCUUUCCCAGAAUAUUUUCGGACACACUUCUCCCUGUGCUAUCAGAUCCCUCUGUGAAAGAGUCUGAUGGAUGGUAUCCGCCGGGGCACGGGGAUCUGUUUGAGUCUCUAAACGAGUCUGGCAUGCUGGACAAGCUUCUGGAUGAGGGAAAGGAGUACUUAUUUGUUAGUAACAUAGACAAUCUAAAGGCUGUGGUUGAUCUGUCUAUUUUGCAGUAUGUCAUUAAAGAAGAGGUUGACUUUUUAAUGGAGGUAACAAAGAAAACCCGUGCUGAUGUAAAGGGAGGCACCUUGAUUGAAUACAAUAAUGCGCUGCGCCUUUUGGAAAUAGCACAGGUUCCAGAAGAGAAUAAGACAGACUUUACAAGUAUCCGAAAAUUCAAGAUAUUUAACACUAACUCUAUAUGGAUACAUCUUCCAACACUGAAGAAAAACUUAGACCAAAACAUUAUGGAAUUAGAAAUAAUUGAAAACAAGAAAAAGCUUCCAAAUGGAGAAAGUGUUAUUCAGCUGGAAACUGCCAUCGGUGCGUCCAUUCGAUACUUUUCGAAUGCAAAGGGCCUGGUUGUUCCUCGCAACAGAUUUUUGCCUGUUAAGACAUGCAGCGAUCUGUUUUUGCUCCAAAGUACACUCUUUAAAAUAGCGCACGGAACACUCUCGAUCUCUCCUAAUAGAAUCACAGACACUAUUCCUAUCAUUCGUUUAGUAGGAGACUGUUUUAAAACUGUUUCUAACUAUAAAAAGCAUGUUAAAGGCCCAGUGGCCAUUGACGACUUAGAUCAUUUGAUUGUUAGUGGCAAUGUAACUAUAGGAAAGAAUGUAGAGUUCAAAGGAACUGUCAUUAUCGUUGCAGAUGAGGGCAAAUCUAUAAGUAUUGCAGAUGGCACUGUCUUGGAUGAUAAGGUUGUAACAGGAAAUUUAAAUGUCAUUGAUCAUUAGAUGCAGAUGCAAUGCGCC